AACAACGAGAAAACCAACAACGGCAUCCACUAUAAACUCCAGCUGCUGUACAGCAACGGCGUCAGAACGGAGCAGGAUCUGUAUGUUCGCCUCAUAGAUUCAAUGACCAAACAGGCCAUCGUCUACGAGGGCCAGGACAAGAACCCGGAGAUGUGCCGCGUGCUGCUGACCCACGAGAUCAUGUGCAGCCGGUGCUGCGACAAGAAGAGCUGUGGAAACCGAAACGAGACGCCCUCAGACCCUGUGAUCAUUGACAGAUUCUUUCUAAAGUUUUUCCUCAAGUGCAAUCAGAACUGUUUGAAGAAUGCGGGCAACCCCCGGGAUAUGCGGAGAUUCCAGGUGGUUGUGUCGACCACGGUCAAUGUGGACGGCCACGUGCUGGCCGUGUCCGACAACAUGUUCGUGCACAACAACUCGAAGCACGGGCGGCGGGCCCGCCGCCUCGACCCGUCAGAAGCCACUCCGUGCAUCAAGGCCAUCAGUCCCAGUGAAGGCUGGACCACGGGGGGCGCGACCGUGAUCAUAAUCGGAGACAACUUCUUCGACGGCCUACAAGUCGUGUUCGGGACCAUGCUGGUGUGGAGCGAGCUGAUCACGCCCCACGCCAUCCGGGUGCAGACGCCACCGCGGCACAUCCCCGGCGUCGUGGAGGUCACCCUGUCCUACAAGUCCAAGCAGUUCUGUAAAGGUGCUCCCGGACGGUUCGUCUACACCGCCCUCAAUGAACCGACCAUAGAUUACGGCUUUCAGAGGCUGCAGAAGGUGAUUCCCAGGCAUCCGGGCGACCCCGAGAGGUUACCCAAGGUGAGUAGGGGGGCAGGGGCCGCCCCGGGCUUGUUCCGAUUUGGGGGCACCGGGUGCUCUGGGAAGGGGGCUUCCGGACACCCCAAGCCCUGCGCCCACGGCAAGGCCGACAGGUGCCUGCCCACCCCCGACGUGGCCACGCGGGCGGGGAGGGGGCCGAGCGGCCUCCAGUUCGGUGUCUCAUCCGCGCAAGACCAUGAGAUCAUCCUGAAGCGGGCGGCGGACAUCGCCGAGGCGCUGUACAGUGUCCCCCGCAACCACAACCAGAUCCCCGCGCUGGGCAGCACGCCCGCCCACAGCGGCAUGAUGGGCGUGAACUCCUUCAGCAGCCAGCUCGCCGUGAACGUCUCCGAGACCUCGCAAGCCAACGACCAAGUCGGCUACAGUCGCAAUACAAGCAGCGUGUCCCCGCGAGGCUACGUCCCCAGCAGCACCCCCCAGCAGUCCAAUUACAGCACAGUCAGCACUAGCAUGAACGGAUAUGGAAGUGGCGCCAUGGCCAACCUAGGGGUCCCGGGCUCGCCUGGAUUCCUUAAUGGCUCCUCCGCUAACUCUCCCUACGGCAAGCCCGAGGGUCCCGGCGGGCCGCGCCCCUCGGAAGGGGCCGCGUGUGCACGUCGGUGCCUCUGA